AUAAUCUUGUAAUUCAAUCGAGUUUCAACGAGGUGACGAGUCUAGGCUCUCUUUCCUCACGGUCCAGGUCCAACAGACAUCCUCAAUUCCACUGUGUCUCCAAACCAGUCAAUCACUCUCCGACAAAUCAAACAACAUGGCGGUUACGGGCUUCCUUCACCAUAUUGGAACAUUUUUCCUGUUCGCGGCGACGAUCCUGAUCCUCAUCACAACCAUCUCCGCCCCGGUUGUAAACGACAUUGGCCUUCUCAAGGUCACCCUGGGCAAUGCCACGAAUUCGCACUACUCUGAAGUGUCAUUUGGUACAUUUGGAUACUGUGUGCUCAACACUGCAAAUGACAACCAUGACUACUGCACCCAGCACCACGUAGGCUACGACGCAGCCGACGUGAUGGCCAGCAUCGACGAUACGUCCUUCUCGGACGCCUCGCGCGACACAGCCAACGGCCUGACGCACGUGAUGGUGCUGCACCCGAUCGCGACGGGCAUCUCCUUCAUCGCGUUCCUCCUCGCCCUCGGCGCGGGCUUCUUCGGGUCCUUCCUGGCGGCCAUCGUGGCGGCGCUCGCCUUCAUCGUGACCAUCGUGGUCAUGAUCAUCGACUUUGUCCUGUUCGGCAUCAUCAAGGACCACGUCAACAGCAGCAGCGACGACACCUCGGGCUCGCACGCCAAGUUCAGCGUCGCCAUGUGGACGAUCCUCGCCGGCGCCAUCUGCCUGCUGAUCGGUGCCGUCAUUGUCUUCUUCACGUGCUGCUCUGCGCGCCUGCACAAGAGGAGAGCCAACAGGAGCAGCGUUGCGGCCAAGAGCGACUACGGCACGGCUACCACCUCGCGCCGUCGCCGUUGGUUCUAAAAGGGCUUUGAUCUCCAAUGGGAUCGUGGCCUCAAAAACAAUAAUAAAAAAUGGUGGGAGAGGAGAUGAAGAGAGAGGGAGAGCAUUGUUUUAGCAGAUGAGGCUAGAUGCGAUAAUGGGAUGGGAUGGCAUGUUCAGGGUGGCGUUCUAGGUGCCGCUGGACGAUGACUAUGUGUACUGCUGCGCAUUUCUUUUUUAUUCUUAUUCUUACGAUUAUUAUUACUAUGAUACCUCCUUAGCAUGUAAGUGCUUACUUAGAAACGAUACAAUAUUGUCAUG